GUCCGACUGGAAAGCGGAACAUUAUAUUUUAGCUGGAAACAAACUCCGCGGGGCUGUUACACACUACUUGUGUUUUGGUGAUUAAGCUGUGUCUCUGCACAGAUGGGUGAGAAUGUGUCUGCUGAUAGUGUCACCCUGGAUCUUCUGUUAGAAGCCAGGCAGACAGUCAAAAGUAGUCCUUUGGGGGUCAUCAACACCCCUAUGGUCCCUUGGAGCCAGACCACCUUGCCUCUCAACAAGGCUUGCAACAUCCACAUCAAACUGGAGAACAUGCAACGAACCGGGUCCUUUAAAAUAAGAGGCGUGGCCAAUCAGUUUGCCAGGAGACCAAAAGGUGGUCAUUUUGUCACCAUGUCUGCUGGGAAUUACGGGAGGUCGUUUGCGUACGCCUCAAAACACUACGGCUGGAAAGGCAAAGUGGUGAUGCCCGAAACCGCCCCGGUGUCCAGAUCCGUCCUCAUACAGGGUUUCGGGGUCGACGUGGAGCGAGUUCCCACUUCCUGUCUGAUGAAUGAGGUGACGCGUUGCGUUCAGGAGCACAACAUGACUUUCCUGCACUCCUACGACAACCUGGAUCUCAUAGCAGGGCAUGCCAGGUACACUGAAGGUUGGAAUAACGAGGAAGAAAUGCCAACGAGUCACCUUAUAAUUGUGCGCGCGUUCAGUCUGGGCCUGGAGAUCCUGGAGGUGGUGCCCGAGCCCGACGUGGUGGUGGUGUGCUGCGGGGGAGGUGGACUGCUGGCCGGAGUGGCGGCUGCAGUCAAGCUGUCAGGAUGUGAGAUGAGCAGAAUCUAUGGGGUGGAACCAGAAGGAGCCUGUACCAUGCACAGGAGCUUCAUAGAAAAGAGGCCAGUGGCCAUGGACACACACAGUGUUGCGUCAGGACUUGCACCGCCGUUUGCAGGCACGCUGCCCUACGAGCUGUGCCAGCGUUACGUGGAAGGAAUCGUCCUGGUGAGCGAUGACGACAUCAAGGCCGCCGUGUCCGCCCUCUACAAGGCAGGUCUGGUGGUGGAGCCGUCAGGCUCCGCAGCCUUUGCCGCCAUCGCUUCCAACAAGAUCCCCGAACUUGAAGGGAAGAACGUUGUGUGCAUCCUCAGUGGCGGGAACAUCGGCAAAGACGAGCUUGGAAACUUCCCAGACUGACAAGACGAGUCUGCAACUCAAUAAUGGAGUCAACAGUAAAAUUAGAAAUAAAAAAGUUUAGUUUUUUAAUACAGUUUUUGCAUUUUUGAAGCACAUUAAAAUGAUGGUGCUA